GAAUUAAACCAGCUGAGCGGAGGGGUAGUGACUUUUUUUUGUUUGUUUGUUAGGAGAAAAGUGAUGUGAGGAGUUAAAGUUGUAGAAAUCGACUUUUAAAGGUAAUAUUUCGUGUGAUAACGUGGAUGUAAAUGAGGCUGAACGUGCGUAAAGUUACAUUUUAACUCCUGCACAUGUUCAGACAAGAGGAGGAGACGUGAAACCCGGAUUAAAGCGGAAAUAGUUACGUGUUGCCUAAUGUUUGUUUGUUUUUUUUGUUAAAAUGAUCAACAAAGUGGGAUUACGUCUUCCCCCGUCGUGUUAGAGGCUCGUUACCGGGGAGGAGAAGUAAUCCUUAACGCGUCUCCGAGUGUGCGUAAAGAGAGAGAUGCUUGGUGGCCACGUCCCCUUGGAGACUGCGAGACAACACGUGAUGAGCUUUACUUAUCAGGUUUAGAGGGAGAGAGACACGCUGAGAGAGCGAGGGAGAGAGAGAGAGCGAGAGGACGCAGUCAGGAGUCCCGGAGGAAUCAAAACAAAAUACAACUUUAACCAACAUUUCCCUCUCGACGACUGCUUUUCCGCGAGUGUUUUACUUCUUCUCCUCCGGGAGAGGAGAGAGGAAGAGAAGCAGAAGAAGAGGUGGAGGAGGGAGAAGGGGAGGAGGAGGGAGGGAGGGAGGAGGGGAGGAGGAGAAGCCGGAGUAAAGUUUGUCCAAGUUUGCACAUCCCUUCGGAAACGCCAUUUUGAUUCCUCUCCUCUCCGGAGCAAGUUUGCAGCCUCUCUCUCCUUUUUCUUUUUUUUUAUUUUGUUACUCUCUUCAUCCCCUUUAUCAUCCACCAUCACCGCCGUUCAUCAUCAUCAUCAUCAUCACCCCCACCACCACCAUCAUCAUCCUCGCCACGAUGUCUCGGCGCAAGCAGCCCAACCCCAACAAAGUCAAGCCAGUCAUGGAAAACUCCACAGAGGAGCAGCGAGAGGAGAUUAACGAGGAGGAGUCUGAGCUGAAGGAGGAGAAACCGCACAGUAACCUCAAAGCGAUCAACGGAGUGAUGGAGGAGGCAGCGGGCGGAGGAGAGAAGCUGCAGAAUGGAGACCGAGGAGGAGGGAUCAUGGGAGCUGAAGGAGGAGGAGACCUUUCCUCCAUCAACGCCAUGAUGUCAACGGUGAUGUCAGCAGGAACCAUGAAUGGAGGAGGAGAUGAAGAAGGAGGGAGCGGAGUCACCUCAGCCAACUCCUCCGCCGGGCCGUCCCCGAGCCCCUCCCCCAACAAGUCGCUCACGGCCGCCAUGAGAGCCCCGCCCAGCCGCAACGCUCGCCGCAACCAGGACACCAAAGAUGACAGCUCAGCUUUUAUCUGUCCGCUGUGUAACAAGAACUGUCAAACACAACACAGCCUCACCAUGCACAUCAGACAGCACAACGCUGACACCGGAGCGACGGACCACUCCUGCAGCAUCUGCGGGAAGUGCCUGAGCUCGGCCUCGUCGCUGGACAGACACAUGCUGGUGCACAGCGGGGAGAGACCCUACAAGUGUAGCAUCUGUGGACAGACCUUCACCACCAACGGCAACAUGCACAGACAUAUGAAGAUCCAUGAAAAGGACCCGGCCAGCGGGCUGCUCCCCGUCAGCCCGCCCUCCCCCACCAAACGCCGCCGUCCGUCCGUCAAGAGGAGGUUGGAGGAGGAGAGCGGAGAGGAGCCGCCUAGCAAGAAGGUGGUGGAGGACGUGGCGGCGGAGGAGUUGGCGGCGGCGGUUCGAGGAGCGGAGGAGGAGCUGCUGCCCUGUCCACUCUGCUUCAAGACCUGCAGCUCCAGACUAGAGCUGGACGAACACAUGGACGCACACCCGGACACCGCACUGAGGUGUGAUCUCUGCUGCCUGUCUUUCCGAACCCACCGUGGUUUGUUGCGUCACAACGCCGGGGUUCAUAAGCUGCUCCCUCAGGACCCCAGCGGCCGGCCCUUCAUCCAGAACAACCCCUCCAUCCCCACCGGCUUCAACGACCUGGCCUUCAUAGACUUCUCCUGCAAGAAGUUCGCUCACAUCGCGCAGGUUUGGUGCGAGACAAACCUUCGUCGCUGCAUCAGUAAGUUCCAUCGGUUCGUCUGCGAUUGCUGCGACAAGGCGUUCCCCCUUCGCUCCGCCCUGGACCUCCAUAAAUCCAUCUCCCACUCCGACAAACCCGCCACCGCUGACACGCAGGACACGCAGGACACGCAGGACACGCAGGAUACGGAGGACGAAGCAGCGGGUGGAGACGCAGAAAACGGCGUCGAGAACGGCGGUCAGGAUGUUGAGAAAGAAGCCCGCCCCUCAGAGCAGGCCGGCUUCUUGGAGUCACUGGGCCUCCUGCACGUCUCCAAGGUAAAGUCUGGUCCCACAGACGAUGAGAUCCAUCAGGCCCACCUGGACAGCAUCAAGGUGAUCCACGUGGAGCCGCCGUCCUCCAGCCUUCCCCAGGAGCCGGCCUCAGCUUACCUGUCCGGAGGUCUGGGGCUGACUUUGGGGCUGGGCGUAGGCGGUCUGGCGGCCCUCAGCAUCCCGCUGAUGGAGGCCUCGGGCUCCGCCUCAGCCCUGCAGGGCCUCUCCCAGACAGACGCCCUGAGCCUGCUCUCCCUGCAGCCCUUCCAGACCGGCUUCCUGCUGCAGCCUGACGGGAGCGCCGCAACAGGCAGCGCGGGCUCGUCGGGGGUCAAACCCGGAGAGGCAGGGGGAGCCGGGAUCAUGGAGCUGGCGGACAUCCAGCAGAUCCUCAAAGUGGCGUCUGCAGCGCCGAAUCAGAUGGCACUGACCCUCCCCGCUCUGGCCAAAGCUCCAGGAUUUGCUGGAGGUCAAGGUCAGAAGGCGAUGCCUCCGUUGAAGCCCAAACCUCCCAUCACCCCUCGCUCCAGCCUCACGGCGACGACUCCUCCCCCCCUCCAGAGCUCCCAGCAGGCCUCACUGGGCUGCAUCAGCCCCAGCCUGCCGCCUCCCAACCCGACUCUCUUCAAAACGCCCUCCUCAUCCUCCUCAUCCUCCUCUUCAUCUGGGAACGGAGGGCAGUUGGACGCAGAGUGUAUGAGUGACGCUCACACGCCUGUAUCUGAUUCGCCGCCAGCUGCUAACACCGCAGGACACGAGGAGGCGGGGCUUAGCGGGAGAAAGCCAGGAGCCAAAGGAAACAACGCCGGCUCGGCUAAAGGCUUGUUCCCGUGCCGAUUCUGCGACCAGGUGUUCGCCUUCUCCGGCGUCCUGCAGGCUCACAUGCGCUUCCACCUCGGCAUCCUUCCCCACCAGUGCAACAUCUGCGACUACGUGGCUCCCGACAAAGCCACGCUGAUCCGACACCUGCGGACGCACAGCGGCGAGCGCCCGUACGUCUGCCGGGUCUGCCACUAUCCUUUCACUGUCAAGGCCAACUGCGAGCGCCACCUCAGGAAGAAGCACGCCAAGACCUCGAGGAAGGACAUCGAGAAGAACAUCAAGUACGUCACCUCCACCACUACAGCCAACAUGGCGGCGGCGAUCACUGCCGGACCCACCACCACCACCCAGGACAUGGAGACGGGCUGCACCGGAGCUGAGACGACCUGCCGGUUUUGCGGCGAGGACUUGAAGACGUACCGGGCGCUGCAGAUCCACCUGCGCACACACAACGGCUGCCAGAGGAAGCCGUUCGAGUGCCGCCGCUGCGGCGCCGCCUUCCUGGCCAAACGCAACUGCAUUCACCACCUGCUGAAGCAGCACCCCGAGGUGCAGGAGAGGGAGAUCGAAGAGCACAUCGCCACACUGCUGCCUGCCGCCGUUCCCGUCGCUACCGCCGCCUCUGGCCGAGCUGCUGCCGUGAGUCAGAUGGCGGUGAACGGGAUGAGUCCGCCUCCGAUUCAGGCGGUGAAGGUGGAGGAGCUGGCGAUUUAUCCUACAGAACUGGACCAGCCGCUGGACUUCUCCGCCAAGAGUCGUGGCUCGGGCAGCCACGCGGGUUCUCCUGGGGUCAAACUGGAGAGCGUGUCCCCCACCUUCGACUGCUCCGUCCUGGACCAGCCCAUCGAUCUGUCCAUCCCCAGCAAGAGGCAGAGGAGGGAGGUGAGCGCCGGACAGAUGAAGGAGAUCAAGACGGAGCAGAGCGGCAGCAGCAUAGUGGAGCAGCAGCACGCUCUGUCCAAGGAGGACAAGGCGGGGAACACCCUGCCUCCCCUGACCCUCACCCCCCAGCUCGGCUGCUACCAGCUCCCCCCUGGAUCCACCCCGCCCCCCGCGCCCCUCCCCAGCCUCAACAACUCCACACGAGCCCAGCGCCUCAAACCCCUGCUCCCCAAACCGGCCUCCUCGGCCUCCUCCCCUCCCUCCGCCGCCCUCAAGGAGCUCCCUCCUCUGGCCUCCAUCGCUCAGAUCAUCCACUCGGUCUCCGGAGCUCCGGACCUGCUGAAGAGAGAGGCCGUCGCCUUGGAGGGCAAAACCAGGGCAGCGGUCGCCGCCUGUCAGGCCGAUCCUGCUGCAGGACCCUCCGCUGUCCCGGAGACGCAGAGCGAGGACACGUCUGAGGGAUCCUCCAGGAAGCGUUCCAGGAAGAAACCUGCUGCGCUGACGGUGAAGGAGAAGAGCGUUGUUAGCGGCGGCGGCAUCGACCUGGAGUCCAGCGGGGAGUUCGCCAGCGUGGAGAAGAUGCUGGCCACCACCGACGCCAACAAGUUCAGCACAUACCUGCAGACCGGCGCUGCGGACCUGGGAGGAAAGAGAGAUGUCGACAGAGCGGGAGGAGCGGAGGAGCAGGAGGGAGGAGUGAAGGAGGAGGCCAAGCCGGCGCCGGUGGCGCCGCAGUCCAAAGGAAAGAAGAACGCCUACUCCAACUCUGUCCAGAAGAUGACCUGCCCCUUCUGCCCCCGAGUGUUCCCCUGGGCCAGCUCCCUGCAGAGACACAUGCUGACCCACACCGGCCAGAAGCCUUUCCCCUGUCCCAAGUGCGACGCCUUCUUCUCCACCAAAUCUAACUGUGAGCGCCACCUGCUGAGGAAACACGGCGUGACGCACCGAACGCUGCGGCGUAACGGCGCCCUCGCCAAGAAGGACGGAGAUGAAGGAUCGAUCGAGAGCGCAGAGAGUCAGUCGGAGACGGAGCAGGUCGCACCGGAAGCGCAGGAUCCCGGCACUUCCACAGACUCGGGCUCCGCCCCCACAUCAGAGAGUCCCGCCCCCUCCGACCAGCAAGAGGCGACAACACCGUGCCCCACCCGCAAUUCAAGCCACGGAUCCAGUCCAGCCGCCAGCGGUGCAGAGCAGCAGGAGACUGAAACCACGGAGCAGCCGGACCAGCAGGGGGCGCCAGAGACCAGAGCAGCGCGGGGAAAACAGCCUCCACAGAGCAACAGCUCCAAGGCGGAGAGCGCAGACGAUGACGACUGCCACAGCAACAAAAGUCUGGACCUGAACUUCGGCAAAAAGCUAAUCGACUUCAAGCUCUCCACGUCUUCAGGCCCCGCUCAGGAAGAACAGUCCUCCCAACCUGCCUCCUCCUCAUCCUCCUCAUCCUCCUCAUCCUCUACCUCUGCUCCCCAAGUAGCAACAGAAAGCCAAGAGAAGGAGAAAAGCGGCGCCUCCUCCUCUUCCAGCAGCCCCGCGGUGAAGCAGCAGCCGGAGUACAAACACGUGUGCCGUGUGUGUAAGAAGAGCUUCCGCUACGCCACCACCCUCGCUCGCCACGAGAGGGCGCACCUCUCCGAGGAGACGCCGGCUUCAGCGGAGGAGAACCCGCCGGUGAAAGAGGAGGCGACGGAGAGCAACAAUGCCAAACUGACAGAAGAAGAGCAGAAGAAGGAGGUGGAGAUGGAGGAGGAGGAAGGAGGAGCGAGGGGAGGUGAGAGCGAGGGAGGAGACAGCGGGGAGUCGGAGGAGGAGGAGAAGGAGAAGGACGAGAGGAGUGACGAGGAGGCGUCCGAACCAAAGAGUUCAGAGGGAGGAGAGGCGACAGGAAGACGAGUAGACAAGAGGAAGAAGAUCUGCAACGUCUGCGGCAAAAGAUUCUGGUCUCUGCAGGACCUGACCCGCCACAUGAGGUCACACACGGGUGAGCGGCCCUAUCAGUGUCAGACCUGCGAGAGGACUUUCACCUUGAAGCACAGCCUGGUUCGCCACCAAAGGAUCCACCUGAAGCCCCGUGGGGCCGACGGAGCCUCGGCCGGGAACGACGACGCCAGCGAGGACGGAGACUCCUGCACCCCGACCCCGACCUCCACCUGCCCGCCCUCGGAGAACGAGAGCGAGUGUGGCAGCGGCACGGCGGGGGCCAAGGAGCUGGAGCUGGAGGAGGAGGAUGUGAAAGAGGAGGGUGACGGAGCAGAAUCGGCCGCGUUGGAGGAAGAAAGCCCCUCGAAGCAAGCAGGGUCCGCUGCGGAUUCAGAACCACCGACCACGGCCGCUUCUGAAGACCCGGACGCUGAGGAAAAACCUGAACUUUCUGCAAACUCUGCGACACAACAACCUUCUGUUGACACAACUCCCAGCCAACAAGCUACUGACACAAAGACUAGCGACGACUCUUCAGCCAGCGACCUGAAGUCGACGCCCGAAACAAACAUCUCCAAAGACCCCUCUCCCUCAUCCUCCAGCUCUCUGCCGGAGGAGUCCGUGGCAGCUGCCCCCGCAGAGGGCUUCGUCCAGGGGCUGCUGGAGAUCCACGCCAAGCCCCCUCUGGAGCACCUCCUGCCCAACGGAGAGCCUCCUCUGGUGGGGGCAGACUGAGGGGCGGCUCCCCUGGCUGUCUGAACCAACGUCACCACAGUGCCAUACGACGGAAAGAUGCUACACCAUUGAUGAUGAUCACGAUGAUGCAAAAACCAGCCCGGAAAACUUUUUUCAUAGAAAGACGAAAACCUC